AUGCGCUUCGAAACCAUUUUGACCAUCUCCCUCCUGACGUCUGCCACGGCGGCAGUCACGUUGCCCAGGCGCGAUGCGACCUUCGAAUCCGGUACCCCGGUAACCAAAGAGAUCACCCUCCCAGACGGCCACACUCGAACUGCCACCUUCUUCGCCGAAUUCACGCCAGAAGACAGUGCCGACGCCCCGGCUCCGAUUUCUCGCAACCUUAACGCGAAGCGUGGCUGGACACCAAGUUCGUCGUUCUACGAUUUAUGUGGCGGCAGCUCUUUUACCAAUAACUGGAACUCCAACGCCCCUCUUGUAGAUGAUUGCCAGUUCUUGCAACAAUACUUCGCGAGCACCGGCGGCUACUUUCGAGUGGAAAACUCCGACCUCGAUGCCAAUGGUGUUUCGUGGUCGCGCUUGGUUUCCAUCAACACUUGCGGCUUCUCGGUGCGGGCGAACCCACGCCCAGCGACGGCAGGCUACAUCGGCAACACCGAUAUCGCUGACCUGGUUCGAGAUUCCAUCUCGGGAUUCUCUCAGAACAGCCAAGUCUCAGUGGGCGGGAACACGGGAUGUCAGGAUGCUGACGGCAGCCAAUGGCAUCCGGAUUGGCUCAUUCAACGGUUCACUUAG